AUGAUGGGAACUAAGAUCUGUUUCUUCUUUCAAGUGAUGUCCGUAAAACACCAACUGUGGGAUCACAAGUCAUUGCAGGGCAGAUUUGUGUGACCAUGGGAUCACAAGUCAUUGCAGGGCAGAUUUGGGUGACCAGGGGAUCACAACUUCACAAGGCAUUGCAGGUCAUCCUUCGGGAUAUCCGUUAUAGUUGGAACGAUACAGAUGGGAGGCUUCAGUUGCAGGAGAUUGUGCGGUUGAUGUCUUCUCCAUCGAACCACCCAUUACAGGUCCAAGGGGGUGGGUCUUUAAUGGCUGAUUGGAUGGAGGAUAUGAUGCUGGAAAUUAUCUGGGCUUUUGAGGAAGGGCCGGAUCCCGGGCUUAAUGACAUCAUCAAUCGCGAGAGGCAGAGUGGGAUUAUGCGUAGAUGCUAUGAUCUCUUUCGAGAAGGGCGAACACUCUCUGACAGCUAUUAUAAUAGUGGCAGGGAAGGAGACACGACAACAUCUACGAUACCAACGGUGAGGACAGGAGAGCUGGUUAGCGACAACAACAACAACAGUGGGGUCAACAGCAACAAGACAGCGGGGCAGGUGAGUAGCAAUAUUAACAACAACGCUAUUAUCAGGGGUGCUACGACGGCAGGCUGUGAAGACGAGGAUAACACCUGCGUCAACAACAACAACAACAACAACAACAACAACAACAACAACAACAACGACAACAACAACAAUGAUAACAAGGACAUCAACGACAAGAUCAACAUGAACAAUAUCAACAAAGUUAACAAGGUUGAAGACGAUGUCAUCAACAACAACAACAGAGACUGUGCGACGGCGCUACUUCCACCAACAGUGGUGUCAACGGUGCCAGUAUUGCUGGCGGCAACAAUGACAACAGAAGCAUCGGCCGAGACAACAACAACAACUACAAUAACAUCAUCGGCACUGGUGAAAACGAAGACUAUUGCGAUGCAACCAGCACAGGGGGAGAGGAGUGGGGAUCUGACGAGGACGGAGAGGAGGGGUUUCUUCGCCGUCUAUUUCAUUCUGGAGCUGCUUUUUGAUGUUCGGCGGCGGAUGGGAGUAGGAUAGUGGUUGUACCCCCUGUUGAUUGGAGUCGUCCGGCCCAUGAUUCCAACCAACAAGGGGCGCUGACAGCCCCCCUGGU